CCCCGCGGCUGGCCUCGGGCCAGGAAGGAGCCUUCCCCGAGGGACUCGCCAGAUGUCGCCGAGCCCAGGGGCGCCAUCACGGCCUGGGAAGGAGCGCGGCCCCCCGCCGGGAGUCCUGCGGGUGCGCGAGGACCGGACCAACAGCCGGCUGCCCCCGACCGCCCCUGCCGGCUCUGCCGCCCGCGCUGCUCGUGUCUGGGGCCCCGAGCUAGGGCUGGGAGGGAGCUAGGCCGAGCUCUGGUGUGGCCGAGGGAAGUGACUCGGGCAAGGUCGCUCCGCGGGGCCUCCUCGCCUGUCCUCGGAGGAUGACUGGGGGCGCCGGCCUGCAGCCCGUGGAUCGCAAGGAUUGUUUCCAGGCCUGUUUUGUGUUUUGGCCCUCGGCUCCCCGGCCACCCCAGCACCCCGGCACCUCGCCUCGUGCGAGCGUCUAGCAGACGAAUGCUCGUUGGGGCCGAUUCAGCCAAAGCCUGAUUGGCAGCAGUGUCAAAAAUGGAACCUUCCCAGAAAAGCGGAAUUGAUUUCCCGAUGGGGGUCGCCAGCGCCUACCUGCCACCCACCCCCUCAGGCGAUAUUAGACGACUAAUGAACUUUGGUGCUGGGCGUACUCCCUGCCAGGCUACUUAGAAAACAAUAAUAUUCUUUUAAAAACUGUAGAUUUAGGGUGGAAAGAGACUUCAGAAGUUAUUUAGUCUGACCCACCCGUUUUACAGAUGAGUUAAGUAGCUUGUCACAGAUUCAAACUGGGGUACCUCUGAUUUUAGAUUUGGUGUGUAUGACUCUGAGAAAUGGAUUAUCUUGUUUUUGAGAUGGAAUAGCUGCUGCGAUGGAGAGAAACCCUUAAAAGAAUUAAUUACACUUUUACAUUUUUGAAUGCCAUAAUUUUUAAAUGAGAAGCAGCUUGGCCUGUGGAGGGAGAGGGAGUGGGGUAAAGGGCCAGUUGGAAAAUUCUGGAUUCAAGUCUUGCCUCUUGACUAGUUUUGUGAUCAUGGGCUGAUCCCUUAAUCUGUCACUGCUCCAGGCAGCUCUCUAAGACUAUAAAGUUACGGGCAACCUGAGAUCUGCAUCUGGGAAAGAAUUGUGCACUCUAGGGCUUCCAGACAAUGAUGAGAUAACAGGUUUGGAUCAAAAAUUUGUAAUGCUUUUUCCUUCUUAUUUGGAAAUCCCUAAGUUAAUAUGAUGAAUGUAAGGAGCUCUAUUCUAGAAUCGUGUGCUGGGACUGUGGGUGUGAAACAUGCCAUAUACUAUCAGACUUUGUUGAUAACUCCUUUAUUUUCCUCUUUUAGUUUUAGCAAGGGAUGGCUUGCUGGGUAGGAGAGAGAAGAGGGAUACCUUCAGAAAUGAAGGUGAUGUCAAAACAAUAACGAUCAAAAUUUUAAACAAUUUUUAAAAAUGUACAGGAAGUUGUUCUGGACGUUCCGAAAGUUACUGUUCAGAAUCCCCCCAAACCAGUUAUGCCGACUCGACCUACCACUGUCAAAGCAACAGGAGGCUUGUGCUUACUUGGUGCCUAUGCAGACAGUGAUGAUGAUGAGGGUGACAUAGCUGAGAAACCAUCCUUGCCUAAGGAGGCAAAUGGAAACCAACCCACCGACAUCGACAGCACAUUGGCCAACUUCCUUGCGGAAAUUGAUGCUAUAACAGCCCCCCAGCCUGUAGCAGCUGCUAGCACGUCUGCACCACCUCCCACUCCUCCUCGACCAGAGCCCAAGGAGUCUGGCACAGUCUCCCUUUCCUCUUCAUCUACGAAUGGAGCAGACCCGGCCCAAGCAUCAGGGUGGCAGUAUGACACUCAGUGUUCCUUGGCAGGAGUGGGAAUUGAGAUGGGUGACUGGCAAGAAGUUUGGGAUGAGAACACAGGAUGCUAUUACUAUUGGAAUACACAGACAAAUGAAGUGACUUGGGAACUACCACAGUACCUGGCUACCCAAGUACAAGGAGUCCAGCAUUACCAGCAAAGUUCUUUAACAGGUGCGGAGACAGGUUUCCUGGUGCCAGCAGAUCUGUAUUCCAAAGAAAAGGCUCUUUCUGUUGCCACUAAUAAGAGUGGGCCACUCUUGGUUAAGCGAGAAGUUAAAAAGGAGGUAAAUGAAGGUAUCCAAGCCCUUUCCAAUAGUGAAGAGGAGAAGAAGGGGGUGGCAGCUGCUUUGCUGGCGCCUUUAUUGCCGGAAGGUGUAAAAGAGGAAGAAGAAAGAUGGAGGAGAAAAGUGAUUUGUCAAGAAGUCGAUCCCAUAACAGAGGUCAAGGAGACAGCGACAGCAGAGGAAUUGUCAGGGACAAGGAAAACACAAGAAGCCAUGGGAGAUAAUCCAGAAGAUAACUCCCAGGAGGAUCUUUGUAGUGUUGUGCAGUCAGGGGAAAGUGAGGAGGAGGAAGAACAAGACACCCUCGAGCUGGAGCUUGUAUUGGAGAGAAGAAAGGCAGAACUACGGGCAUUGGAGGAAGGAGAUGGCAGUGUGUCAGGGUCUAGUCCACGUUCUGAUAUCAGUCAAUCGGCAUCUCAAGAUGGAAUUCGUAGGCUUAUGUCUAAAAGAGGGAAAUGGAAGAUGUUUGUCCGAGCCACCAGUCCAGAAUCUACCAGCCGGAGUUCUAGUAAAACUGGCCGUGAGACCCCCGAAAAUGGAGAAAUUGUGACGUGCACUGAGAAUUCAGAGAAAGUAGAUGAGAAUUCAGACAAAGAGCUAGAAGCAGAAGAUUCUCCAGAAAAGCUAAAGUCACAGACAGCGCCAAAGCUGGGUGAAGAACAGGAUCUGAAAUUUCAGAUUGGAGAACUGGCAAAUACUCUGACCAGUAAACUGGAAUUCCUAGGAAUUAGCAGACAAUCCAUCUCCAAUUUUCAUGUGCUGCUCUUACAGACUGAGACACGGAUUGCAGACUGGCGAGAAGGCGCUCUCAACGGAAACUACCUCAAACGAAAACUACAGGAUGCCGCAGAACAACUAAAACAGUAUGAAAUAAACGCCACUCCUAAAGGCUGGUCCUGCCACUGGGACAGGGAUCAUAGACGUUAUUUCUAUGUAAACGAACACUCGGGCGAGUCUCAGUGGGAGUUCCCAGAUGGUGAAGAAGAAGAAGAAGAAGAAGGGCAAGCCCAGGAAAAUAGAACAGAGACUCUUCAUAAACAAAUCUUGAAAGAGAAAACUGGCGCUGAUGCAAACUCUGGGGAAUCCACUGAGAAUUCCACAGGUUCUCUUUGUAAAGAGCCCUUUUCUGGUCAAGUUUCUUCUGCCUCCCUCGUGCCGCUUACUCCAUUUUGGACCCUCCUUCAAUCCAAUGUUCCUGUGCUUCAGCCUCCAUUACCCUUAGAAAUGCCACCCCCACCUCCACCUCCCCCUGAGUCACCUCCUCCCCCACCCCCACCUCCUCCUGGAGAAGAUGGUGAGAUCCAGGAGGUAGAGAUGGAAGAUGAGGAAAAUGAAGAGCCUCCUGCCCCAGGAACCGAAGAAGAUGCCCCUUUAAAGCCCUCUGCCUCAACUCCAGCUGUCACCAGCAGCCAGAGUUCAGUUGAUUCCAGCACAUCCACCUCUACUACCACUAGAGCAGUGAAGAGGAAAGCUCCAGACACAAGUGCUGGAGUGGCCCAGAGAUCAGCCACCAUUGGUGGCUCGCCAGUUCUGUACAGCCAGGCAGCUCUAACUACAGGUCACCAAACCGUAAAUGUCGGCCACCAACAAGCCUCAGACGUCAUUCAUCAGACAACAGGCACCAGUCAUCAAGCCACAGGCAUCAGCCUCCAAACGAGUUAUCUGGGACUGGCAGCAUCACCUGCUGUCAUGUCUUACCCCGAGUGUUCUUUACCAGUUAGAAUGACUGUUCCCACGUUACAGCCAGUCUCAUCUCGAAGCGUACUGAGUGCAGCUGGUGUUGCAGAGCCUCCACCUCCACCUGCUCCCAAAAUGCCACCACCUGAGAAGAGCAGAAAGGGGAAGAAGGACAAGGGGAAGAAGAGUAAAACAAAAAUGCCCUCUCUGGUAAAGAAAUGGCAGAGCAUCCAGCGGGAACUGGAUGAAGAGGAACAUUCUAGCUCCAGUGAUGAAGACCGGGAAUUGACGUCACAAAAGCGAAUUGAGGAAUGGAAACAACAGCAAUUAGUCAGUGGCAUGGCUGAGAGAAAUGCUAACUUUGAGGCCCUUCCUGAGGACUGGCGUGCUCGACUAAAGAGGAGGAAAACAGCUUCGAACACAUAAUUCAUUUGGGUCCUUGUGUUUUAUUUUCAUGUACAGUUAAGAGUCUUACCGGUUUUACUGUUGUCAAAUAAACUGUAAAUGUUUUGGGAGAGAGCAUUGAAUUUCCUGGAUUGAUGAAAGAGCACAUGCAAAACCAGACUUCCUCCCUUUUGAGGAUUGGAAUCAUACUGGCCGCUCUUAAAGGGCCAGGUCCUUGGACUUCCUCUGCUGCCUUUGUUUCUAAUGCUGGCCAGUUCUACUUUUUGUGUAGGCUGACAACUUCAUCAGUUUGAGGCUGAGGCUGAGGAACAAUAUUGGGAUCACAUCCUUAACAGGAUAUGAAGGAAAUGCUCACCAGGCUGAAGGCAGGGCAGGUGGGAAGGGGGUCCUAAGGGUUCGCCCACAUCUCUGACGUUUCCACUUUGGAGCCCUUGUGCAGUUAAGCAGAAGGCAGCAACUCUACUUUGUCCCCAAAAGCUUGUUGCUUAUACCCUGGUAAUCAUAGUCUGUGCUUCCAGCCUUGGGCUGCCUGCUGCCCGUAUUCUACAAUACCAAGGUCCAAUAGUUCUCCCAGGCUGACAAGUGUCUGCAAUGGUCCCUGUGGUUAUUGUCCACGGAGAUUUUAGAGCUGAAUGUACUCAUCUCGAUUGAACUCUUUUGUGGAGGCUGGGUUCAGGAUUGCACACAAGCAGCAAUGUUUGCCAUUUGAUAUCUUGGGCGAAGAAAGGUGGAGUUUUUAAUCCCUUGCUCUUAGCGGAAUGAGUGUCAGGAGCAGUUGAGUCCAGAUUUGUGUGUCCGUGUCUCCAUUUGACCCAGAUCUCCAGUGCACCUUCCUUCUGUCUCUGCGUUGUACUUAGUCUCUGUAAAGAUUCCAGUAUUUAAACAGCCGUUCCCUGUUCUUUCUGUAUUUUGUAUCUUAUCACAAUCAGGUAAAAGUCACUUUCUUUAAACUGAAGGAAAAGCAAAUUGUGUUUUAAAGCUGUUUGUAUUUCUCCAGUUUUUGACUUUGUAAAUUUGUAUAUAUGCACUAAUAAAAAAUCUUUUUUAUACUUCUGA